GCGCGCAGCCGGGGAGCCCUGCGCGCCGCCGCCUCCCCCGGCCUGCCGCAGCGCGCCGCAGUCCGGCCUCCCCGCCCGGCGCGGGGAAGGCUGCCUGGCGGCCUCGUCACGUGUCCUCGGCGAUCGCCGAACAGUUCCGGUGGUGAGUCGUCCUUUCCAAAUAUAAGAGGAAUAAAGAAGUCACUUCCCCAGCUGUCAUCAUCUGCCAACACAUUGAGCAAGAAUAUUUCAAGCACUACAGAAAAGACAGUCCAUCAAACCCUAGAAGAUGAUCAGCCGUCUGAUUUUUUCAAGAAAGGGAAUAGGGUGACGAAGUGUCAUCAGAAAAGCAGCAAUAUGAAUGCUGGCCCGUCUUGGAAUAAAGUACAACGUUCAAAAAAACCUUCAGGAAAGAGGCAGAGUCAAUCCCAAGUGCCCCUCGGGUCCUCCCAGCCUCCCGAGGACGGACUCCAGGACAGCAGGUCCGCAGAAGGAAAACCCAAAAGGAGCCCACCGGGCCCCCAGGGGCGGGGCGCCUCGGGGAAGGAGCUGUUUCUGGACCUGCAGUGCAUGAAAAUCCUGAAGGAGGGUGUGGGCGAGGAUGAGGACAGCGCCAGCGACCUAUCCGACUCCGAGCGGGUGCCCCUGCUGCCGUCGGUGCGCGCGCCCCCGGAGCUGCACCUGCGCGCGGAGGAGAUCCACGCUGCGGACCCGGGCCUGGAGCCAGACGCCGAAGCUGAAGCCCCCGGCGGCGCGCAACCCACCUACCAGUAUGCAGACUUCCUGCCCGCCCCGUUCAGCUCCUGGGACCUUCGCGACCUGGCCGUGCCACCCGGCACCGAGCCCAGGCCCGCAGCUCGCUGUGGCGCUGUAGGGCCACUCGCCAGGUACAUCGACAGGCUGGUCCAGCUCGAGUGGCUGCAGAUGCAGACCGUCCAAAGUGAGAAGGGGAAGGGCGCCAAAGCCAAGCCUCCCACCGUCCCCGGCAUGUCCACGGGGGCUCUGAAAAGCCCCGGCAGAAGCAAGCUGGUGGCCAGUGCUGCGGCCAGGCCUCCCCAGGAGGGGGCUUGCAAGCCGGGCGCUCCCGGUGCUUCCCGGAGGAAGGAGCUGCACCCAGAAGAAGCCCGACCGUCCUAUUACGCGUUUGACACAGCCAAAGGCCUCCGUGCGCCUCGGGCCAGCAGGCCGAGUUCUCAGAAGCCAGCCCUUGACGCGAGGACGGAGGAGCAGAGAAAGAAAGUGAGUAAGAGCCCCAGACUCCAGCGCUGGGACCCGCCCUGCAGUGGCGGCUUCCCCAGGGCUCCCGCGCAGGGGGCAACCCCCCGAGACUCCGCUGCCCCCAGCGGGGCAGCCAGAACGCAGGCACACGCGGGCCUGAAGAAGAAAGGCGGAGCAAACAGCUGUGUCCCCGCCGCCAUAGCCAGCGAGAAGAAACCCAAAACCAAUGGAGUAAACCCAAGCACGUACAAAUUCAAGUAAGAACCGAAAUGAUGCGUUGCAAAGUCCCGCAGAGCACUAAACGUCAGAGCUCGUCCGAAGGUUGGCACACUGUGAGUCCGAGGACGUUUUCUGGCGACCCACAGGCGAGUCCUAGGGUGACCCCGUGGUGCAGCCGGCUGGGGCUUAUUUGCAAGGAAAGGUGGCUUUCAAUGAGCCUUUCUUCGUGCCGGCAAUCUUAAGCACAUGAGAGCCCUUUAGCUACUUGAACCCAGGUCUGCGCCAUAUAACGACAUACAAUGACUGGGAAAGACCGGUCUGAACUGGACGCCGCUGCCAGCCGC